UCAAUCACAGACCAAACGCUCUGCGUCUUUUCUCACCUUAUGUUUCGCAACAACAGCCUUCUCAGCCUCUUCUUGGCUUUUUGAAGGCUUCACGACAGGUUCUCUGUCUACAGCUGCAUGAUUUGACGUUACGCAUUUCCUUACCUUGCCCUGCCUUGCAUUGCAGUUGAGGUUUGGUUAGCCUGCGUUACCGCACCCGCAUCCGUAUCGCAUCUAACGUUGAUGGCUUCGUCCGAUUCCGUUCAUCCCUUGUCCGAGCCUGAGUCCGCGGAUUCUCCGUACAUCCUUUGCCUGAUCGAUUCCACGUUUUUCGAAUAUCGUAAACAACCUAUCGUUGUCGCCAUCUUUGACUUGGUCUUACACUCGAGACGAUACAGCAAUGUCGGGCUACCUCGAGGGCAUGGCCCUCGGAUUUGGCUUCAAUGUAUCUGAGGGGCUUGAUUCUGCGCAACAGUCCACAGCAUCGCCUUCAUCCAAUACCCAGCAAGAUGCUUCGUUCCACACCCAACCGAAUUCUUUUCAAGGCAACGUUACUGUCUAUCAGACAACAGGGCCCGACGCCCAUACAAGCCCAAUCCACCUUCCCGGAAGCAAUACGCCCGCCCUGAAUCCGCGAUCAUGCGUAACCUGCCGCCGUCGCAAAGUUCGAUGCGACAAGCAGAUGCCGUGUUCCAACUGUCGUCGAGCACAGAUUCCCUGUGUCUUCCCCGCCCCCGGAAGAGCGCCGCGACAGCCGCGUCGAAAAGAUCCAAAUGCGCCCACCAAGAACUCGAGUCAGCGCGAGAUAGAAUUGAUGAAGAGGCUUAGGAAGUUGGAGGGCAUUGUGGAAGAGCUAAGCGGUCAGAUUGAGGUUGAGUCUGGCGGUAAAGGCCCCUCAUCAACCAAUUCACCUGAAGCGCAUGCAGGUCAAACCACAUCGUUUGACGCCUCGGCGCAUAAUGCUCAACGGCAAUCGUCGAAUGCAGGUUCUCACGCAGGCAACAUUGGGAGGAUUGAUGACAGCCCAAGGGGGGGCAGUGAUGCUACAAGCGAACAGAGCGAGACUGCUCGCAAGAACAUGCAUAAAAAGUUUGGACGACUGGUUUUGAGCGACACUGGAGGAAGCCAAAGAUACGUUAGUCAUGGUUUUUGGUCGAAGCUCAAUGACGAGCUCGAUUCAAUACGGGAAGAGACUCAGAAGCUUACUGAUGAAGACUUGGAUGAGUCUGACGAGGAUGAAACUCUAGACACCUCACCCGCAUCCGCACUCUCGGGAAACCACAACGCCUGGAUAUUUGGUUACCGCUCUGCAGACGUGGAUCUUGAUAAAUACUGGCCCCUGCCUUCCCAUAUACCGUUCCUAUGGUCUGUUUAUCAGGAGAAUGUGGAACCGUUGCUCAAAGUGCUGCACAUUCCAACUAUGGAGCCCAUCUUUCGGGAUGCGCGAAAAGAUCACAAACAACUGUCUCCUGCAAAUGAGGCACUAGUCUGGUCAAUAUACUAUGCUGCACUUACAUCCCUGGAACCUGACGAGGUGCGAGCCAACCUUGGUCUUAACAAGGAGGAUGUUAUUGUGCAGUACCGUUUUGCAGUCGAACAAGCCCUUGCCAAAGCCAACUUCCUGAACUCAUUAGAGACUCCAAUUAUGCAAGCGUUGAUCAUUUUUAUUCUCGUGGUUAAGGGUCAAGAUGGAAGUCGUUUCUGUUGGUCUUUGACAGGCUUGGUGGCGCACCUUGCUCAAGGCAUGGGCCUCCAUCGCGAUGGGUCGCACUUCGACCUAAGUCCUUUUGAAACGGAGAUGCGAAGGCGUCUCUGGUGGUCGUUACUUCUACUGGAUCUUCGAUCGGCCGAUGAGCUGGGUACUGAUCUCAUCAUCCAAGACUUUAAUUAUGACACACAGAUGCCGAGUAAUAUCAAUGAUACCGAUAUCAAGCCCGACUCAACGGAAGCCCCAGAGCCCAGAGAAGGUCACUCUGACUGUUCGCUGGCACUUGUUCGUUUCGAAAUUGCUGGCUUUGGAAGGCGUCUGGUUCGACUAUCAUCCGCCUCGAUGUCAUUCUGCCCCCAAGGAAUGCCUUACAAGGACACCAGCCUCGCGGAGCGAGAGCGCAUGCUCAUCGAGGUUUACAAUAGAGUUGAGCAAAAGUUUUUGAAACACCACACCGGCGAUUCUGAUCCGUUACAUUGGAUGGCUGCUUCAAUUGCGCGCAUCAUCAUGGCCAAGAUGACGUUGGUAAUUUACCAGCCGGUCCUCUUCCCAGGCUCCGAGGGCGAAGGUACACUUUCGGAAGAGGCAAAAGAACGUGCCUACGUUGCAGCGAUUGAGAUUGCCGAAUACAAUCACAUCUUGAAUAACGACUCGAGGUCUAAACAGUUUAGGUGGCUGUUCAAAACCUACACCAACUGGUCAGCUAUGGCCUACUUCCUUAUCGCCAGUUGCCGUCGACCGUGGACUCCUCUUGUGGAACGCGGGUGGGAAGCCGUUAAUGGAUACGAGGGUAGACCAGGACAACUGGUGCGAUCUGCCGAAUACGCAACUGUCGUGAUGCCUAUCAGGAAACUUUACAUGAGAGCCCAAAGGCACCGCGCGGCAGAAAUUGCUCGACUUCGCGGAAAUCCCGAAGAAGCACGUCGGCUGGAAUUCGAAGAAAGGACGAAUCCCAGAUACCAGGCUAGGUUUGGGCAAGAUGCGGACGGUGCAGCCAACAAGAUGGAAGAAAUAAGGGAGAAAUGGAAGGUUCUGGUGCGGUCUGAUGGAAGUAACGUACCAAUCUCGACGCCAGCUGAGCUGAGCCCUGUUAUGCCACCGUCGAUGCUCCAGCCAAAACAAGAACAAGUACCAUCCCGCCCUCGGACACCAUCAGCCUAUGACGUUCCGGCAACGCUCGACCUUUCUGAUACGACCAUGGGUUACAUGAAUGACCUAAUGGCAGACACCACACCCUUCCCCAUGGUAAAUUUCUGGCCACUGCAGGACGUCGGCUCUGUUCAAAUCAAGGCCAUGGGGACAGGAAUGACGCCAAUGUCAAACACCUCUCAGUUACCGCAAUAUACGAUACAACCAGGAGAUACUGGCCAACAGUUCUCACCACAGACCAUGCAAUUCCCCAAGGACGACAACCCACCCCCUUACCUCUGGGGCGGGCAGUUCCCGUCGGUAAACUCAACCUCUGAUAAUACAGGCUUGGACGAUGUUGAUAUGCUUGGAGAUGAUUUCAACUGGCACACCUGGAGCCAGAAUGUUCGCGGUUUGUAGAUAGGAUCGUACUGAGAUAGACGGUCACUGACAGACUGUGUUGCCAGAUAGUCGAUGUUGAUUGAUCAUCGGCGUGUAUUGGGAGUAACUACCUUGCCUAUCUAUUAUGUAUGAUACCCAGCGGAAUAAGCAUCAGGUGGAUGUUAAUAAUUUUAGACCAUCUUUUAUGAGGCGGAAUAACCUUAGACCAUCUUGUACAAUGUGGAAUAAUCUUAGACCAUCUUUAAUGAGGAAACAUCGCACCGUCCCGACGCGUUGCUUGUAGAAAUAUCAUCAUUUGUGCGUCCGUGCUCUUCCACUGACCAUACGUAUGGUUGAGAAUA